AUGGCCAAGUCGAAGAACCACACCGCUCACAACCAGUCCCGCAAGGCUCACAGGAACGGCAUCAAGAAGCCUCAGAGGCAUCGCCACACUUCAACCAAAGGGAUGGACCCCAAGUUCCUGAGGAACCAAAGGUACGCCAGGAAGCACAACAACACCAAGAACGAAUCAGCCACCGAGGAAGAAUAG